AUGUUCCGACCAACAGCUCUCCGCUCCCUCCCACGAUCCCUACCCAGCUACAAUGUUUCUGUAGCGCGACCUGCCUGGCGCAGUGUCACGUUCAAGGCUCAGUUGCCCUCGCAAAUUCCAAGGGUAAACACAUCGAAACCCUUAGCGCUUGCGGUCCAAAGGCCUAUCAUGACGUCUCUCAUUCGUUAUCAAAGCACAAUAAAUAAAGCCGCCGAAGAGGAAUACUCAAAGGGGAAACUUGAAGCAAAUCCAGACAUCGUGUCCUCAGGGUCGUCGGUCCGACAUGUCACCUAUGAAGUUGGUGCUGAAGACUCAGAAGCCGAUGUCGACAUGAUGGCCGGAAUUAAAGCCGACUUCAAAACUAUUAUAGACACAUUCUCACUCAAGGAUGUUCCGAGAGAAGCUCUCUACGUUGGCAUGGCUGGUGUCCUGCCAUACCUUGCUACAUCCCUCUCAACCGUGUACUUGGCGUUUGACAUUCAGCAUGCAGCAAACACUGGUUCAGGCUGGCUUCUGUCUGGAGGCACUGCGGAGACGCUCCUUCAUAUCAUAGAACCUAUCCAGCUGGGCUACGGUGCCUCGAUCAUUUCAUUUCUAGGGGCUAUCCACUGGGGCCUGGAAUGGGCUGGGUUCGGUGGACAUCAAGGCUAUCCACGAUAUGCCAUUGGUGUUCUGGCUACAGCUGUCGCUUGGCCUACGCUUCUACUCUCCGCUGAGCUGGGUCUGAUUACUCAAUUUCUCGCCUUCACAUUCUUGUAUUACGUGGAUGCACGUGCCGCAACCCGCGGGUGGGCGCCAUCGUGGUACUCGGUGUACCGAUUCGUGCUCACCUUUGUGGUCGGAGCCAGUAUAGUCUUCUCCCUGAUUGGCAGAGGUCAAGUAGCCGAUCUUGUCACCAAGCCGCCGGGACCAGCUGACCGAAUGAGAGCUCUGCGCGAGAGUCAAAUGGAGCAAUUGGAGAGAGAGGAGGAUGAAAGGCGGUCAAGGAUUGUAGAGGAGGAUGAAGCAGAGGAGGAGGAGGAGGAGGAGGAUGAAGAAGAAUGA